AAACUACUAGAUCAUCAUCGCCGAACUACCUGUCUCUCUCCUCCUGUAGCGGCAAUGUUACAAUUAAUCGCAGCCACCUAUGAAAAACAAUAAAAAACAAUAGCAGGAGUGUUUAACACAACAUCUUGAUGACGGUCUCAUCAUGGGAGGCUGGACCCUGAUGUUGGAUGUCCACUCAACUGCUGCGGUUUAGUCUUAGUCAGACUGUUAACUUGCUAACAGGUCUGCCAAUAUUUGGUGUUUAGGUGAGAGAGAGUGAUAAUAUCCUCAUGUUCCGUCAAAAUGACUUUAUCUGUGCUAUACGGCGGUUGUGCGCGAAAGAGUAUGUUCAAACGGUGCUAUUUUUUAUUUUAUAACCACUGUACCUUCCUCCUGAGCGUAGCGGCGCUUUUAUCGGGAGCAAUGGCUGCUCCUAGAGGAAACCAAUGGUGGACGAAUCCAUGUGGAGUACAAACAGUUCAGCUUAGGCAUGGCAGAAGUCCGGCUGAGAACCAACUUAGAAUAUUUAUUAAACUUAUCGACAAUCCAGUAUUUAAAGACUUAAAAGCAAUAUAUCCCUCUGUUGCUGAACACCCCCCAAAUAGAAAUUGUCCCAGAGUUAAUCCUGUACUCCAAAGGAUGAACAACGCUAAUCUGUCUCUGGCUACUCAGAUAUUUUAUGAGAGUAUGAUAGAGAUCGCCAAACUAAUCCAAAAGGUUCAGAAGGUGCCAGUAGGAACGGCAAUAAAGUUCGAUUCCGUGGAAAGAAAACGAAUAUACCGAGAAGUGGAAGUCAAUUUGAAGAGCGUCAUGUGCGAAUUUAGUGAUAGGUUACCCAAGUUGGAGCCUGUGGAACCCAAGACUGUGCCAAUCAGAUUCAUCCGGCGGAACCUCUCCGGUAAAUGUUUGCCAAAACAGAUGAACCUUACCGAAGCUCAAAUCGUAGAUAAUGAUCUCUUCAAGAAAAUGAAGAAGUUCUUUAGACAAAGUAAAAUUAUUCUAAGGAGAAAAGCUCGACUUAACAAUCGUAGACCUCAAGUAAGUCAAUUGAGGAAGAAGAACUUAAAUCCUCGACGAAUGCGUAGACGAAAUUUCGCGAAUAAAAAAAGAACUAUGAGACAAAGAAAAACAAGUGCUGCCGCUUAAAAGUGUCCUUAAAACACCCUAGUGAAUUGUUAUUUUAAUACGCGUCUGUGAUAUAGAUUAAGUAUUUAUUUAUUUAUUUUUACAUUUAUAAGUAGUCGACAACGUAAAUACGCUUAAAACUCGAUAUAUGAAAAAAUGUUUUCAUCGAAUUUUUUUAAAGCCCAGCUUACUCAACUUUAUUGCACGAAAACGGUUUAUACACAUAAAUUAGUUUUGUACAGCAAAAAUAUAUAUUACUAAGAAUGGGUCCGACCAGUCAAGAUUUUCUGCGCCGUGCUCUUUCAGUUUUUAUUUACGGGAGCACGAUGGCAAAAAAUGAGCACAUUUUAGCUGUGCCCGUUGGCUUUUUCAUUUUCACCUUUUAUCUUCUAUGUGAGGGCCGGCGUAGCCGAGUGGUAGUGUGCUAGGCUAGCGUGCCGGUGGUCUGGAGUUCAAAUCCUACCGCCGGCAAGAACAACUAGACAUUUUUAAAAUGUUUAUAGGCCCCAGGUCGACUCAGCCUGAAUAAAAUGAGUACCUUGGGUAAAACCAGGGGUAAUAAUAGGCGGUUGAAGCGUAGCACUGGCCCUGUUACCUUCCUUGUAUACCGUAGGCCCUAGAUAUAGCAAACUACCCUGCUAUACUCCCAAAGCCACGUGAGCGGUAUAAAACGGGAGACUAUUAUUAUUAUCUUCUAUGUGAUCUUGUCUGCAAUUAAAACCCAUGCAUCAUGUUUCUUAUUUUUUAUAUUAAUGCUAUUCUUUUCUAUAGUUAUUACUUUUCGGAUCACAUAAUUCUAGUUUGUCUUUGUAUGCUUAACUUUUUCACGAUUCCACGCAAAAGUCAUCGCAAAUAUAGGACAAUAACACAAUAAUCAGUAAAAAUGGUCUUCAGUUACACACACAGUUCCAACUGAACGCGCAUUGACCUAACAGAUUGAUAAUGUUCAUUUUUAUUGGAAUUUGCAAGGCGUAUCACACUUUGUCGUUUCCACUAGACGCUCAAGCCUGCGCCGCACAACAAACAGCGCUGCGCAGCGCAGUGCUUCGUAAUGGGAACAGUGCUGCGCAGAAUAGUGCACAUGUCCUCCCCAUUAGUCGCCCAAGCCUGCGCCGCCCAACAAAUAGCUCAGCAAACGCAGAGCAGUGCAUAGCAGCCCUGCGUAGAGCAGUGUUGCGCAGGAUAGCGCAGCCGGUGAGAUUCUAGCUUUAGAACUGUUGCACGAGCAAUUUAAUUGGACUAUCUGUUCUUAAUUUUUUAAAUCAUAUUGAAAACUGUUUUGAGCAAUGUUUUUAUUGACUAAAGCGCUUUUUAUUUUGAUCUAAAUUAUUUUUUAUACGAACUAUUCGGAAUGAUCUUUUAAUAUGCUAGAGUAGUGCAGGUUCAGGUUGCUAUUUUUGAGGUUUGUCAAAGUAUGAUAGCAGAGCGUGAGUUACGGUCUAAUCUAAUCGAUUGUUGUUAUGUCGCAAGUUCGAUUGUUGUUAUGUCGCAAGUUCGAUUGUUGUUACGUCGCAAGUCAAGUUACAGUGAAGCUUUGACUUUUAAAUCAUUAUAGCUAUAACAUGUCUUCAGCAAUAGCCAUAAACCAUUGAAACAUACAUUGACUUGGUUUUCAUGAUUGAUACUUAUCUGAGUCAAAUAUUCUCGUUUUUGAGUUACAAAAACAUAUAGUUUCGUAUCCAUUAAGCAAAAGAGCAAACCUAAAUGAGUCAGUUCUAAGUAAAGACUCAGAGUCAUAUAUUUUUGCCGUUACAAUACUGCUUGUACAUUAUAUUAGAAAUAGCAAUAAGGUGUAGAGCGAUCUGGGCUAAACUUCUUGUAUUAUUUUUGAAUAAACCAAUGGCUGGAUAAUCAUUGGUCUUGUAUUAUAUAUUGUGAUAUAUAUGAACAAAAAGUAUUAGAUUUUUAUCUGUAAGAGACUGAUUUUUGUAAUUAUUCGAAAUAUUUUUCUAUGGCAUCUCAGAUUUGAAUUGUUCUUUGGAAAUCAUAUGAAAAAGAUAUUGCAAUUUUUAACGUGUAAAAGUUUAAGUCAAAAGUUACUGUUGAAUCAGAAACUUUUUAUGUUAAAAUCGAUUUGGAAGUCAAAAUAUUAAAAAUUCUUAAAUACAAUAUUCAAAAUUAAUUAAUGAUCCCCAAAGAAAAUCAGAUCUCUAUUUUUCUUAAAAUUUAUACAAGUUGAAUAAACACUGUUUAAUGUUUAAACAGAAAGUCAGUCUCUUAAUUUUUUAUAGACACAGUGGGCAUUAAACUUUGUACAUUCUCUCUCUUUUAGAAAUUUUUGCCAACUUAAUGUUAGGUCAUUUUAUCAUUCCAUUAUUAUUUAUUGUUUAUUUAUUUUUCAUGUUCAUACUGCGUGCCUUAUUUAUUUUUUAACUACUCCUUCUUGGAAUUAUAUUUUGUACCCUUAAUUUAUUUUUAUUUAUUUCCUUUUGUAUCUUGC